CAGUAACUAACACGGUAAACUGGAGGAAAAUGAAGAAAACGAAGCUUCUCACUUAAACACUGCUUUGAGUACAUAUAAAGAGGGUUGGAAACAAAGACCUGCUUCUAAUACAAGCCUGGCUCAGAUAAAGACCUGUGACCUUCUGCAGUCGAGAAAGAAUCUGAAUACUUCACACACGACCAGAAAACAACUAAGAAGAGAGCGGCAGCAACAAAAAAGCAACAAUAUUAAGUAAAACAUCCUCCACUCAUCAUCAUCAGAAAGGCAUCUCCGUGGCCACUAUCUUUGUCUCUACAGUUGAAUUAAACCUCCAUCCAAAGCAGUUAUGGCAGGAGCAACCACCACCCUAGGCCUCUGCGUCAUGUUGAGCAUGAUGCAUUGGAUUUGCUUUGCAAACCCAAUGGAAAUAAAGGAACAUCUGGAUAAGGUGAAGGAGCAAGUUCGGCUAACUGAGGAAUUUAUAAAAGCUAGACAGACAGAAUUUGAGACAGAACGCAAGAGUGUUUUUGAGAUCGUGAGAGGAAAUAAUGCCAGACUGAAAUGCUUGAAAAUGCACUCAAACCUGUCUCCACCUGAGAUGGAAAAAAUAGAGAGUUACACGGAGAACACCAACGCUCGUGUAAGACGCUCAUUUACAGAAAUGGCUGAAGUACUGGAGGACCAUAAAUUCCAACUGGAGCAAUUAAAAGCCCAGAUAAAGUAUUUCGAGGCUUCACAGGAUGGGUUUAAUACCUUUGCAAUGUAGCUUCAGUUCAAUAUGCCAUAUUCUCAGUUUUCUGUUUUUUGCUCUGCUGAUUUCUCCUUCAUAAUAAAAACCUACUCAUAAGUAGAAGUUACAUAUUCUCUGUCAGUGGUGCGUAUGUGUUUGUGUAUGGUGCUGUGAAGUGUUGAAAUUAUGACCAGUUUAAGAACUAUCGUUUAACUAACUGGUUCAAUGUUAAAUGACAACUUUCACAUUGUAACGCAUUUGAAUACUAUUGCUUGGCUGUAACUCCUAUAUUAGCCCAGAAUGCAUCUCAGUUCAUCUAGUUUUCUCACAAUUAUUACCGGAGAGAAAACCACACAAAAAGAAGCAUUUACUUCACACAUUCCACACAAAAUGAAACUUUUAAAUCAUGGUGCAGAGCCACAUAUCCAUCAGAAAUGUAGCUGUCUGUGUAUUUACAUGAUAGUGCAUUAGCAUGUUUGCAUAGGUUUCUACUUAACACCUUCAAGAAAUCAGAAAUUGAUGCAAUUUUUAUUAGUUAUUGUUUUUUUUCCUUAACUCACCAUCUGUGCCACAGCAAAUAGAAUAUGUGCAACUAUGUAAUAACAAUAAUAGUAAUAAUAAUAUGUACAAAUCACAUUCAAAUGAAAAUGUCAAUUGUGAAUUAUUUUAAUAAAUUCCUCCAUGAUACUUCUGCUUCCCCAGCAUGAAGUGAAAAGUGUUUUUAAGGUUAUAAAUGACAGUCAAACACAGUACAAUAGAAAAAUCAUAUUCUGCACUUUGUGUAACCUGGUUUUGCACUUUGUAUCGUCUGACUUUGUAUAACCCUGGACAUGAAUCUGUCCUCACAUUGAUAAUCCUUAUUUGGUAUUGUCAGUUUUCACAUGUAAACUCCUCAUCAGGUACUGUGGAUCUGUUCUUACAUGUGCACUCCUUAUUUGGUACUGUCUGUUACAAACUAGCAGGUCUUUGUCCUUGAGCAUGCAGCUGCUUCUUUUGACAGUUAGCUUCCAUAAUUGUUCACACACGCACAUAUCCUGACCAUGCCUCCUUCUUCACUCUUCCUAUAAAGUUCAUGUACACUCUUUGUUUGAUAUCGGUCUGCGAUUACACUCUGUGUGACUGUACACUGAUCCUUUGCAAAGCUCUUAUUGAAAUAUAUAAAGACAUCUGUUCAUUUUCAGAUUUCCACCACACAGUGAUGCAAGGGAACAAAAGCUGUGAGCUAAAAGUGAGCUAAAAAGAAAUGUUCCCCCCAGCAAGUGAAUAAAAGUUUUGAGUCAUGUGACUUGUUGGAACAGGAUGACAAAUAUCAUAUGUAAGAGAAAUGAUUCAUAGCACCACGUGAUCAUCAGUGGUUCUUUCAGUUUCAAAAUGCUCUUUAAGGAAAUUCCAAGGCCACACCUGCUUUUGUGAACAACAUGAAAACACCAGUCUGGUGAAAUUCUCGCUUCCAGACAGACUGACAACAAACAGAAGAAUCCAGAAGUAAAAAAUAAGGGUUUGGACUUUGCUGUGUCUACGAGGGACGCCUCCCUCAGUCUGGUGAAGAAACAACUUUAAAUCACCGACCAGACAAGCAGGGUGAUAUACACAAUGGCCUCCUCCCACUCCUCCAGUUUUAAAUGCUCUAUUUGUCUUGAUGGCUUCACUGACCCUGUCUCCACUCCUUGUGGACACAACUUUUGUAAAGUCUGCAUAAACACUUACUGGGAUUCAACAAACGUCACCCAGUGUCCACUCUGUCAACAUAACUACCAGAAAAGACCGAAAUUAAGAGUCAAUGUCAUGUUCAGAGAUCUCAUUGAGCUAAAGCAGACAAACAUCCAGAAUGUCCCAGAGGAAAGAGCCCAAACACAAGACAUUUUGUGUGACGUGUGUCCUGGAGAGAAGACAGUAAAGGCAGUCAAGUCCUGUCUGUACUGCGAAGAAUCUCUCUGCUCUGAACACCUGAAACCUCACCAGGAUGACGUUGACCUAAAGACUCAUGAGCUGCUGGAUCCUGUCAGCAGACUGAAGGACAGGGUGUGCAAGCAGCACAAACGUCCUUUGGAACUGGUUUGCCAUCGUGACCUGACAUGUGUGUGUGUGUUGUGCAUCAAAUCAAACAACCAAAACCAUCAGUGUGUCCCUUUGAAAAACCGCCUGAGAAAAAGGAAGGCCAAGGUUGAUGAGGAAUUGGCAGAGGUGCAGCAGGAGAUCAUGGAGAGGAAAAAGAUGGUUGAAAAGCUUGAAGAGUCAGGAGAAAUCAGUGAGAAAAACGUCGGGACAGACAUGGAAGACGUCGUGAGGAUCUUCAAUCACUUCCAACAACUGGUGAAGAUAAACAAGUCAGGACUUGUGACUGCGCUCAACUUGCUGCACAAAAAAGCUGAACAUCGCAGGGAGACUAUGACAGAGAAGCUAAAAGAGGAAAUGAGUGACCUGGAGGAAAGACAAAAUGAGCUGGAGCAGCUCUCUCAAAUGGAUGACCUCCGUCUUCUACAGAGUUUACACUCUCUGAGUGACCCACCCAAAACAGAAGACUGGUCGGAGAUCAGUGUCUACAGUGAUUCAGCAGUGGGGACUGUGCGAAGCGCUGUCACUAAGUUGCUAAGAGAACUUUGCAAUCAGUCGACUAGUGAAGGGAAAGGACUGAUUGCAAAAGAGAUAAGUAGAAUUCAGCGAUAUGCAGUGGAUGUAACUUUGGACUCCAACACCGCAAACCGUGUCCUGGUUGUGUCCAAAGAUGGGAAACAAGUGAAAUAUGGAGGAGUUCCUCAGAACCUGCCAGAAAUCCCAGAGAGGUUUGAGCCUCUCCUCGGUGUUCUGGGAAAAGAAGGCUAUUCCUCUGGUGCCUUCUACUUUGAGGUGCAAGUGGAAGGCAAGUCUGCGUGGGACAUUGGGGUUGCCUUGGAAACAGUUGACAGGAAACACCAAACCGAUGUGCGUCUGAGCAAUGGCUUCGUUGUCCUGAUGCUGAGGAACGAGACGAAAAUAAUAGCUUGUGACCGCCCCCCGGUGGAGAUUAAUCUCCCGAAGACACCAGAGAAGGUCGGAGUGUUUGUAGACCAUGAGGAGGGAGAGGUCUGUUUUUAUGAUAUUGGGAGUAAGGCCCAUAUCUACUCCUUUACCUGUUGCAGGUUUCCCAAGAAGAAGUUACACCCUUACUUAAACCCCUGCACCGAACGUGAGGGCAAUAACUCAGCUCCAAUGGUUAUCACUCCUGUUCGUUAACAGGCUGUUUCCCUCUGGGGAAUUAAUUUGCCUCAGAUCAAGAUCUUGUUAAUGUAAAUUAUGCAGUAGUUUGUGUUGUUGGAAGAAUCACUGUGUUAUAAAUAGAAUUAAAUGAUUGGUCAGAUUGUGUGGUAUAUCCAGGAAUAGUAUUCUGCAGUUCUGUAGAGCAACAGUGGGGAGCAUCCUUUUAUAUGCAAUAUGUCAGCUGAGGACAUGAGACAGUUGGACAAAGUGGUGCAUCCAGAAUUAUUAGAUGUAUCAGUCUCCUGUUUGAAACCGAAACAUGUCUCAGUACUGUUUGUAUCCUACUUCUUUAUUUCACAAAUGCACUAGGAUUAUUUUUAAGAGCGACCUGUGUGUUUGUGCGCUCUGGGUUUUACUGAAUAUCAAAAAUGUAGCCACUGGAGUUUCUACUGAAAAUACAGACAAAGGUUGUUGGAGGUCAGAAGUCCAGGUCUGGGCCAGAGUCUAAGUCUGAACUUCCUCACCAACACUUUACUUACAUUUACUGGAGUCCCAAUGAGCACAAACAAUUCACUGGAGAUGGGCAGAGUUCAAUGCAAUAGAGUUUGUUCUUUCACAAGAGAUAAACCUGAACUCUUCACCAGUGGUAGAAUUGAAAACAGACAGCUAAAACAUCAUCCAAUGCCAAGUUUUCAUCGCAGGAACUUUCCCGAGGAACCAGGAACCUUUUGAGGAACUAUGCGUGUUUCGACCGCAGGCACCAGGGUGUAAGAAUAGUUCAAGGGUAAUUGAUCAACUGCCAGAAAGGUACCUGGUGUUGAGUCCACUAUUAUUUCGCAGCAAAACCGGACUCGCGUGUUCGUUUGAUGAAGUAUGCAGGACACAGAUUUAAAGUUCAACACGUCUAAUUUAUUAAAAGUAUAGCCAAGCAUAGAAUUUGUUUCAGUCACUCACUCUUAUACACAUUCUCACAUUCUUUGUAUAACAAUAUCACUCCCCCUUUUCUCGCACAGCCCGACCGAAUCCAGCAUCUUAACUGCACAUCCUGCUAUCUAAGCAUGUUAUCAUCGUACUUUCUCGUCCUCUCUGUCCUUGUACGUCAUUCUGCAAUCUCAAACGGCAGACAAUGUUACAAUGUUCACAUAGUUCAUAUAGUUUAAGGCUGAUUCAACCUUUUAAUCAUAUAAUGCAUACAGUAGCAGAAAUAACAUAUGCCUUCACUGGUCAGAGGGUAGUACUUUCCAAAGGUUCAGGAACUUUGGGGGGGUGGCGUCUGCAGUGCCCAACAUUUCUGACUGGUCAAGUAUUCGCUGCAUUUUAUUUCACCCAUGUUUAAAAGUCUGCAGCGAGCGAGCUCAACAUUUUCCACACCAGGAAACCGGUCCAGGAGAAGGUAUAAAACUGAAACAGGACUACAAAUAAAUAAAGCACUACAACAACCGGAGUGGCUAGGGUUUCCACCCGUCACAUAUAACACAGGACCGUCCUGUAUUUGAAAAUAAAGUGCUGCGUCUUGUAUUGAAUGAAUACGGGACGCAGAAAUCCUCCUACUAUACCCUUGCCUGGUACUUUCCCUGCACCUGCCUUUUGGACACCAUUAUCUCCAGGGGCUUUCCAACCAUAUUUUUUAAUAACUUUAUGCCUGUCAGAUUACAUCUUUCUUUUGCAUUCUUUCUUCAGAAAAGGCUGGCUCACAUGUAGGCCUAGUUUCUUAGUUGUGAAUAUUGCUGAUACAUUGAGUCUAUAGGUUUAACAUUUAGUGAAUUUAUAAUGCACAUAUCCAUAAUACUGAGUUACAUAUUUAACAAUACUGAGUUAUAUAUCUAAUGAAAGUUUUACUACAACAAGGUAUGAAUAGGUGCGACUAUACACACACACACACACAAAAUGUGUGAAUAAAGUUCAGACAGUCUCACAAUCUGCCAAUUGGUCUUCUCAUCUUACAUGUAGUGAAGGCUUGUUUUCACAUCUUUGUAUUCCAUUGAAAGAUAAAGGGGCCAAAUGCUCCCUCACUUCAGGGACUCUACUAAAGAAUAAGGUGGGUUGACUAAAUUUCCACAAAGACUUCCAGGAGCUUUCAAGUUACUGUCUGACCUCUCAAUGAAAGUGCCUAACGUAACAUAGGCAAGACACAUCCAAGGUCAUUUUCAUCUGAUAAUGAAAUUAACCACAGGACACAGAGUUUCUAUAAAGAACUUUUUGAGCCGACAUAGAUGUAAAUUUCCAGGAGGACAGUGUAGAGGAUUUUAUAUUAAUCUGUUUUUAAUAAAACAAUGUGUGCAUUGUUGAUGUAACCAUAAUAUGCUUAUAACUAGGUGACAUUUUAUAAAACUUGCUGUGCAACGUUAAAGAAGAACAGACUGAACUUAUGAUAUUGUUUGAAGGCCACCCUAGAAAAAUAACAACAGAAGUAAGACAAAAAACGAGGAAUAGAGUAGGGUAUCGUCUCUAUUUGUGUGAAUCUCUCACAGAUCCACCGGCACGAGAGCUGCCCCGCGUAGGGGGGUGAGAUAACACGUGGAGGAGCAACACAACGAAGACAGCGGCAUGGACAGAUAAGAAGAGACUCAACCCACAUUGUAUUAUUUUUUUCUGUGUAAGAAUAUGAAAGACUGGGUCAGGAAAGAGGUAGAGUGUCAGACUUCGUGAACUGGCACAACUGCAUGUUGUUGUCAGGGAGAGAUAGUUUGGCCCAGAGCUCUGUAACAAUCUCCUUUUUCUAAUGCUAUAUUGCUGUUAGCUUUAAUAAAUGCUGGGAUUUGAACUUUGAA